AUGAUAAAAGACUUAAAGAAAAAAGCAAACAAAAAAGCCUUGAAUUCUGACUAAUAAAAAAUUAUUAAAAAAUUUAUAUCUUCUGUAUAGGACAAAAAACUUAUAGAUGUGGGAAGCAAUUUCUUAUUAAGAUAAGAUCAUGUAAUUAUUUAUUAUUAUCUAUUUAGUUUUUAGAAUCAAUAGCAAUAAUUAAUUGGAAUUAGGAUCAUUAUUACUGGUUACCUGAUAAGUCAGAAGAUGUGUCCUAGUAGUUGAUGACAAAAAUUUAAUUGAUCUAAUAGUAUCUUUAAAUUGAAUUUCAAUUUGUUAAAAAUAUUAUAUAAUAACAAUGCACUUUUACUUAUGAUGAAAGGAUUAAAAUGACAUUACAUAGUUAAUUAUGA